AUGGACAAAAUAAAAUCGACAACAACUGCUCACGUCUCUUCUUUUUUCUCAUCACUAAUCCCUAAAAGGAAACCGAAGCACUCAACAUCGCCACAAUCACUCUUAGUUGGUGCAACUGCUAAUACCAAUACUAAUGGAACAGCACUAGCAAUUGGAGAAAAAACGGACAGAACUACAGUGCUUCCCCGACGUGGUAGCCAAAUGUCGCAACAUUCUCUUUUGAUUUGGCUUGAUGCCAAUAUUAACGAAUCCGAAGACGAUUAUAAAGCAGCAUUACAUGAACUACGGUGUAUUAUAGCAUCGGUAGCAACAUUUACAGAUGUUCGAGAAUGCCUCGAUUUCCUGAGUAAAAUCAAAAACAAGAAAGUAGUCAUGAUUGUAUCUGGAUCAUUGGGUCAACAGAUAAUACCAGAAAUCCAAGAAUGGCCACAAUUGGAAUCUGUCUAUGUUUUCUGUGGCAAUCAAUCGAUUCAUGAAAAAUGGGCCAGACAAAUACCCAAGGUAAGGGGAGUACAUACACAAAUCGAUCCGAUUCUUAAAGCACUACAAAUUGAUCAUGAAAAUUGUGCUCGAGCUAUGAUCGCGAUCAGCUUUAAUGGUAUUGAUACGUUAUUUAAGUAUGCGCAAUUAUUGAAAGAGACACUUUUGGAAAUCGAAGAUGACGAUCAAAAGUCAAUUAAACAAUUUAUUCAUUACUGUCAUCUUCAAGAUGAUAUUGCUGAGGACCAAAUCAGUAAAGCCGAGAGCGAAUAUCACUGUCAUACACCGAUUUGGUGGUAUACAGCGCCUUACUUUAUGAAUUCUAUGCUAAAUUAUGGUCUUCGUCUAAUGGAUGUCGAUGUCAUCAUUAAUAUGAGAUUCUUCAUUCGACACUUGAACCAACGUAUUGAAAAACUGUACCACGAACAACAAUCAAGCAAUAAGAUCAUGGCUCCAUUUCAAUUAUUCCGUGGUCAAGCUUUAUCAGUCGGAGAUUUCGAUAAAAUGAAACAAACCAAGGGUGGCUUCGUGUCGUUCAAUACAUUUCUUUCGGCAAGUCGUAAUUCGCAAGUGUCAUUUGAAAAUUUUGCACGAUCAUCAGCAAUCCAUAAUCCCAAUUUAGUUGGUAUACUCUUUGUAAUCAAUAUCGAUCCAUCACUGUGUUCAACAUUAUCAACUUCAUUUGCCGACGUGACCAACGAAGGCUUCUUUGAAGAUUGCGAAGAAGAAAUACUUUUUACAAUGCAUACAGUUUUUCGAAUCGAUCAAAUUCAACAUAUAGACGACGAUGAUACUGAUCGGCUAUGGCAAGUUGAUCUCACCCUAACGGGUAACGACGAUCAUGAUUUGAAUACACUUACAGGACACAUACGCCAAGGGUUUCAUUGGGCAACAGGAUGGUUGAGAAUUGCUUCUAUACUUAUGGCACUAGGUGAGUCUUCGAAAGCAGAACAACUCUAUAAUAGUCUCCUCGAAGUUCCAUCUUCCGAUGAAGAUCGAGCGAAUUACAAUCAUCAACUUGGCUCGGUGUAUUAUAAUAUGAACAAGUAUUCAAAAGCACUGUCAUCGUACGAACGAUCACUGGAAAUCAGGAAAGUAGCUCUUCCUCCGAAUCAUCCUGACUUGGCUACUUCCUACAACAGCAUCGGUAACGUGUAUAGAAACAAGGGCGACAACUCACAAGCACUUUCAUGGUACCAACAAGCGAUUGAAAUCCGAAAAUUAGCUCUCCCUGCGAAUCAUCCUGAUUUGGCUACGUCUUACAGCAACAUUGGUAGUACGUAUGAAGACAUGGGCGACUACUCAACAGCACUUUCAUGGUUCGAACAAUCACUUGAAAUUAGGAAAGUAGCUCUACCUGCUGAUCAUUCCGACUUGCCUGCUACCUACGACAACAUCGGUGCAGUAUAUUAUAAGAUGGGCGAGCACACAAAAGCACUUUCAUGGUACGAAAAAGCACUUAAAGCCCGGGAAAAAGUUCUCGUUCCUGAUCAUUCCGACAUCGCUACAUCUUACAACAACAUCGGUGUGCUAUAUUAUAGCAUCGGCGAGUACUCUAAAGCACUUUCAUUUCUCGAAAAAGCACAUGAAAUCGAUCGAAAAGCUCUCCCUCCAAAUCAUCCUCAUAUCGCACAAUCGAAAAAAAAUAUUGAAAAUAUAAAAAAGAAAUUGUAA